AUGACUAAUUCUGCUGCAACAAAUGGCUCCGAUCCUAUUAUCACCCAGGGCACGAAGGGCACCCCGGCUUACACCGUCGACGAAAAGCCUAUAGGGACUGCUCGCCCCAUCCGAGUGAUCGCGAUCGGCGCCGGCGCGUCAGGCUUGAACUUUGCACGCCAAAUCGAGCUGCAUAUGCCCAAUGUGGACUUGACCAUCUACGAGAAGAAUGCAGAUGUUGGCGGCACUUGGUUUGAAAAUAGAUACCCAGGGUGUGCUUGUGAUAUUCCGGCUCACAACUAUCAAUUCACUUGGGAGCCUAACCCUAAUUGGUCAACUUUCUACGCUCGUGCUCCUGAAAUACUGGAGUAUUUUCGCAAUUUAGCCCGAAAAUACGAGCUCUACCGAUAUGUCAAGCUCAGCCACCGUGUAGUCAACGCGGAAUGGCACGAGGACAAGGGUAUCUGGGAGCUCCGAAUUGAAGACUCCACGACUGGGGCCAUCUUCAAAGACUCAUGUGAUUUUAUGAUUUCAGCAUCCGGUAUCUUGAAUAACUGGAGGUGGCCUGAUAUUCCCGGUCUGCACUCUUUCAAGGGCAAGCUUGUCCACAGCGCUGCAUGGGACGAGGACCUCGAAUGGCGUGGGAAGAAGGUUGCAGUUCUCGGAUGUGGCUCAUCCGGAGUUCAAAUUGUGCCCACAAUGCAACCAGAGGUCGAACAUCUCACAACAUUUAUCCGCACUCCCACCUGGAUCACUGCUGGUUUUGCUCAAAGCAAGGCCGGGCCCGGCGGAGCAAACUUCGCUUUCAGCAACGAGCAAAAGAAGAAAUUCCAAAACGACCCGGAAGCCUAUUUGCAUUAUCGCAAAGAUAUCGAACAAGAACUCAAUACUCGAUUCAAAUUUAUUCUUAAAGAUAGCCCCGAGCAGGCCGAGUCCGUUCAAUUCUCUAUCAAUGAGAUGAAGAAAAAGCUUGGCGAAGACUCCCCUUUGCUGAAAUACAUGAUUCCUUCGUUUGCCGUUGGCUGUCGUAGACCGACACCGGGCAACGGAUAUCUCGAAUCCCUUACUAAGGACAACGUCCGAGUGGUGACUUCGAGUAUAGCUGAGAUUGUACCCGAUGGUGUCAAAUUGACCACUGGAGAAGUUAUAUCCGUCGAUAUCUUCGUCUGUGCAACUGGGUUUGAUAUCUCCUUCCGGCCACGCUAUCCUGUCGUGGGCCUCAACGGCAUCACAUUAGAGGAACAAUGGAAAGUGAAACCUGAUGGGUAUCUAUCUCUGGCGGUGCCCAACUUCCCCAAUCACUUUAUGUUCCUUGGCCCUGGGGCCCCCAUUGGGCAUGGAUCGGUCCUUCCUAUCACUGAGCACGCAACGAAAUACAUACUUCACAUGAUUCGCAAAUGCCAGACUCAGGAUGUUAAAUCAGUCACUGUUUCGCAAGAAGCUGUCGAUGACUUCAAUGAGCAUAUCCAGGAAUUCAUGAAGCGCACUGCUUGGAGUACGCACUGCCGAUCUUGGUUCAAGAACGGAACGGUCGAUGGUCCUAUUGUCGCAUUGCAUCCGGGAAGCAGAAUUCACUGGUUCCACAUGCUCAAUGAGCCUCGUUAUGAGGACUUUAUUUGGCGGAGGCAGCGCGCUAAUCGGUUUUCGUAUCUGGGUAAUGGAUUCUCCACGAAGGAAAGUGUGGGCAAAGAUACUGCCUACUACUUCAAUAACCCUGAAUCUGGCUUCGAAUUUGUCAAUAAGCUCUGA